AGGGGAGAGGAGGAGAGGGGGGGGACCCUAUAAGAGGAGCUGACUCCAGCAGCCUCCACGUUGCCAGAAAAAUCAAGCUGAGACCGAGGGAGGGGAACGUAAAUGCUGAACGACCUGAUCCUCAGUCUGAGGGGAGCCCCGUUAUUUCACUCAAACACAGACAGUAGGAGCAUGAAGACGGUGGUGGCUCUGCUGUUGCUCUGUCUGUGUCAUCCUGGACAUGGUGAUUGCCCGGCAGACUGUCUGUCCUGCAGCAACAUCCUGCCAAAGCAGCUCAAUUUCAACACCAUGGUUUGUCUGUUGGAGUGUGAAGAAAACAUCUCCCACACCUUGUCCUGGGAUGUCUGUCGUCAGACCCUGUCAUCACCACUAUCCUCCAUCAGUGCUUCUAUGCAGAAAAGAUCUCAAGAGCAGGCGGGGGCGCUGUUUUCUGAUCAGGGAGAGCAACUGGAAAGAGGUCUUUUACUCCCCAUGGCACUGCAAAGGUUCGACCAUGUUACCCAGGCGCUCGGGAUAAAAGAAGGGGAAUUAGAUGGCAAAGGCAGCCAGUUAAACUCUGACUACGAUUCCCAGAAUGCCGUGUCCCUUGAGGACGAAUAUGAAGGGGAAGAUGGCCAGGAAGAGAGGGAUGCGGACGUGGCAACCAGAGGACAGGGAGAUGUGGGACUGAACUUCUCCAAGAGGUUCGGUGGUUUUGUCAAAGGGAGGCACAACUUUCGGAAGCUGAUAUCUCCGGGGAGAUCCUACCAAAAGAGAUACGGUGGCUUCAUUGGCAUUCGUAAGUCAGCCCGCAAGUGGAACAACCAGAAACGUUUCAGUGAGUUUCUUAAGCAGUAUCUGGGCAUCAGUGCCCGAGCCACCGAGUUCAACAGCGUGUCCGAGAACCUCUCCCAACAGAAUGAGAUUUAGCAACGUGUUCCCUUAAACCGGUGCCAUAAAACAACUCCCCGACUUCACGAGUCUUACAGUCCACACCAGUUCCAACGUUUGACCAGUUUUACUGAAGCUGACCCAUUGAUAUACUACAUUAUUAUUUAUCAGGUAGUGUAAAUUAUGGAGAAACAUCUAUAAAAUUUGUUGCACCUGAAGCUUUUAAUAAUAAUUUUAAAACAUUUCAGUUCUAACAAUGAAGUCUAUUUCUGGUUCUUUGUAAAUUAACAUUAUUUUUAUGCUGUGUUAUGUCCAUGAAUCAGCCUUUGUCAUUGGUGAUUACCUGGAUACUCCAAAAUGUAUUCAUCUUUAUCCUUGCGUUUCUGUAUUGGACAGAAUAAAACCAAAUUUAAAUUAAGACAGAACUGAUUUUGUGCCGUUUGUGGCGAUGAAUUAAAAAAAAUACAAAAGGUGCCGAUUAUUGAGCGUAAACACAGAAAGAAUAUUAG